AUGUUCGAGCGUCGUGCAGCAGAUAGAUACCGGUUGCGGAUGCAUCGCGCCCGAUCCGUCGCACUGACCGCAGAAGAAAUGGUCGAAGUACGCGCGGCUCAGCGAACGUUCGAGGGUGCCUACGUGCGAACGGCCCUCUCGCAGUUCUCCUUCGCCCUGAUCGUUCUCAGGAUCUUUACACGGGAAUUCUACAGUAUAGGUGCGCUAUUCGCGGUCUACGGUGCCGGAGUGCUCAUUAUCGGUGCCUACCGUCGCCACCAAGGGAACCGUCAAUUUUUUGAAGAGACAGGAGAUGACGGUGUCCAGCGCCACAAGUUCCGCACAAGCGGGAAUGCCGUCCUGAUCCUGACCACGUUGAGCAUUGCAGCUUACAUAUGUCUCAUCGUGCUGACAGCGAGACUGAGCAGUUGA